AUGGAUCGAAACGGCGUCGACUCUUCAUACGCUACCAUGUGUAGUGAUGUGACGCUAUGUGCGAACAAUAAGGGUUUUUUUAAGAACUUCGUAGAAGAAAUGGUUUCAUUGGCAGAAAUUGAUGGAUGGUUGGAUGACUUCGAACUUAUUGAGGACAAGGAAAAAGUCCUAGCAGUAAGGAAUAAUGAAAAAAUUAUGGAACCUAUCAAUGAGUUACUAUCUAGAAUACAACCCUUAUUCCGAGGUAAGGACGCCAGAGUAUCGCAUGAAAAGAAAACUGCAGCCCUCAUAGCCUUAAAGAAUGGAGAUCUAGUUAAAAGCCUUUCUCUAGCCAACCAAGCCGUGCUUAGAGCUCCAAUGACUGGUACUGAUGAAGUUAUAGACAAUGGUAUAACACUCGCUCUAAGCCUCUGGGUUCGUUCGGAAGUGUUGUUAAGUCUAAACCGGCCGAAACCAGCUUUAGAAGACCUUAAGCUAGCUUUGAAAGAACGGCUUCCUGCUCGUAUGAGGGCUGAUUAUUAUUGGAGAAUGGGCCACUGUUACAAAGGUACUGGUGAAACAACCCGAGCUAAGGUUUCAUAUGAAUUAGCUAGCCGGUUAUUGGGAGAUAAAAAAGAAGCAAAAAUUCAACUGACUAAUGAUAUCGAAUCAUUAAAUCACUCUACACAAUCCGAACGUCCUUCCAAAAUAAAAGAACCUCAAGUCACUUGCGGUGCAGCGUUAAACUUACCAGCUAUUUCAAAAUUAGUAAAAAUUACUGAAGAUAACGAUAAGGGCCGUUACGCAGUUGCUAAUGCUCCUGUAAAAACCGGUGACAUAAUUUUAGCUGAAAGUCCCUACGCUGCUUGUUUACUCGCUGAUUGCCAUGGCUCUCACUGCCUUCAUUGCUUUGUAAGAUUAGAAGAUUUUGAAGACUCGGCUCCAAUAUGGUGUCCCAACUGCUCAGGAGUAGCAUUUUGUUCGAUACAAUGUCGAGAUGCUGCAAUUUCUACAUAUCAUUUAUUCGAGUGCCCGUUUUUUAACCUCUUUAUUGGUUCCGGAAUGUCGAUACUUAGUCACAUUGCUCUCCGUAUGGUAACCCAAGCCGGACUGGACACAAGUCUUUCAAUACAUUCAAAGUGUUUAAACAAUGAAAUUAAGACUAUACAGAGUCCGGUAUUAAACGAUGUUGAAGGUGAAAAAAAAAAGUUUAAGAUAAAAAGUAGAAAAGAAAGAUUAAACAGAACAAGAAAUGGUAUGAACAUUAUCGAAAAUAAAACUUCUGAUAUACAAGAAAUUGAACCACAAAUUAAGAAUGAGACGAGUUACAAUGAAAAGAUAGAAAUGGCAGCUGAGCAAAUUUAUUCACUGGUGGCUCAUUCACGACAAAGGAAGGGAGCAGAUUACCUAAAGCGUAUAAUUAUGGGCAUGUUUCUAACUGAAUGUUUGAAGAAAACCGAUUUUUUUAAAAAUUGUGAGAAAGAAAAUAUAACAAAAGCUGAAAUAUCAAUUUGCGAAUUGAUAGUUCGUAACUUGCAAUUAUUACAAUUUAAUGCCCACGAGAUCUAUGAAACCGUGCGCGGAGAACACCAAUUUAGAGGAUCUAAACCAGUUUACAUAGGCGUUGGAAUUUAUCCUACAGGAGCCUUAUUUAAUCACGAAUGUUAUCCCGCAGUGGCACGAUAUUUUAAUGGUAAAAAAAUGCUAUACCGCGCGAUACGACCUCUUGAAUCAGGAGAGGUUGCCGCUGAGAACUAUGGACCGCAUUUCUUGAUGCGCACGCUUAAGGAACGCCAAAGGAUGCUGACGUGUCGAUACUGGUUCAGAUGUCAAUGUAUAGCCUGUGUUGAGGAUUGGCCAACUCUCAAAGAAACUGAAUCUAAAUCACCAAUAUACUUGAGGUGUCUCAAUAAGAAGUGCAACGGAAAAAUUAAAGUUAUCAAAAAUCCAACAAACUUGAAGUGUAUGAAAUGUUCUACAGCCUUUAAUAAGACUUCUUUAAAAGAAUGUUUAAACGAGGUUGACACAGUUCUCUCACAGUACGAGGAAGGUGCCAAGCUAAUGGAACAGCAGCGGCCCCAAGAUGCUAUCGAAAUAUUCUCAAAAGCCAUUGAUUGCUUUUACGACUUUGCAAUGCCUCCCCAUCGAGAAACACAUAUAGCACAAGAAUCGCUAAGGUCGUGUUAUGCUACAUUUGGAAACACCCAUAUUUUAAAAGAAAAAUGA